AUGCUUGACGCCCAGGCCCCUACAGGACACUGCUUAUGUAUUUGUAUACACAUAGCAGUAAUCUAUAACUUAUCAAUGGUCAUAGAAUCAACACUCUUCCCUGUGUGGGAUAGGGGAAUCGAGACUGUUUCCAAACGCGAGAUCUCAACUGCCCUUUCGACAAGACAAACCAAGGCUCUUUCCGCUUGUCAACAUUUAGCAAUCCGGAAGAUACCCAAGAAGAAGAUACGGAAAAUCGCCGUCUUCAGCCACCAUUCUAAUCAAGAGUGA